CAAAUACAAUUCUCUCUCCGACAAUCCGUCACAAAAGGUUCCGUCUUUUUAAUCCGGUCCGGUCUGCAAUUAGGCGGCGAGGAAGCAAUGAAAGGGAUUGCGAGGAUUGUGAAUUCUCUUUCGCGACUCGGUGGUCGUGAGAUCAUUUCUAGAGGAAGUAGUAAGCUUGCUUCGUCGUCUUCCUCUCUUCAUCGCUCGCUCUUCAUCUCGGCGGCAACGCAGUUUCCGACCAAUUCACGUGAUCUCACCUCCUCUUCGAGAUCUUCUUCUUUACUUCCUCAGAAAUGGGCUUUUCUCGGAGGGGGGCAGAGAAGGACGAUGUUUAUCCAAACACAAUCCACUCCCAAUCCUUCUUCUCUCAUGUUUUAUCCUGGCAAACCAGUCAUGGAGGUUGGAAGUGCUGAUUUCCCUAACGUUCGUUCAGCUCUAGGCUCACCAUUAGCCAAGUCCAUUUACUCCAUUGACGGUAUUUUUGUUAUCUGUUUGUUAGAAAAAGACUCUGUUCUUUCAAUGUGCUUCUUUCUUGCAGGUGUGGUUCGAGUUUUCUUUGGGUCUGAUUUCGUCACUGUGACAAAGUCUGAUGAUGUAUCGUGGGAUAUCCUCAAGCCUGAGAUCUUUGCAGCUGUCAUGGAUUUCUACUCCUCUGGCCAGCCUUUGUUUCUCGACUCACAAGCUGCUGCUGCCAAGGACACUGCCAUCAACGACGAUGACUCUGAAACCGUGGCAAUGAUCAAGGAACUCUUAGAAACUCGCAUCAGACCAGCAGUCCAAGAUGAUGGUGGGGACAUUGAGUAUUGUGGGUUUGAUCCUGAAAGCGGAAUAGUGAAGUUGAGGAUGCAAGGAGCUUGUAGCGGUUGUCCAAGCUCAUCUGUUACUUUGAAAUCUGGAAUAGAAAACAUGCUGAUGCAUUAUGUACCCGAGGUGAAAGGUGUAGAACAAGAGUUCGAUGGGGAAGAAGAGGAGGCUACGUUGUCUGGAGAGGUGAGAGAGUAGAGUAAGACGUCUCCUCAAGCUUCUCUGCACUUUUCCACUUUUAGUGUACAGAAGAGUAAAUUCCAGUGAGCGAGUGCUCUCUUUUCUGUCACGUUUUGAAUUUGAUUUGUCGUGUUUUUUGGGCUUUUGAGAAUGUUCUGAGAGAUCACUAGUUGAUCUGGUUUGUAACAUGCGUUUAACCUACAGGAAUAAGUUUUUUUCGAUGGUUUCGUACAAGAAAAUAUAUUUUCAGUACUCA